AUGCGUCUGGUCCAGGUCUCUCUCGUCGGCGCCGUGCUGGCGACUGUAGGCUUCAUUGGCGUGGCAGCCACCCCUCUCACCACCUCGCCCGACAUCUCUGGCGGUGCGGCCAUCGUCGAGCCCCGCGCCGGCGCCGACGCCAUCGCCAACGCUGCCCAGCCGGCCGCCGACUCUCAGCCCAUCUACUGGAAGUGGUGCUACGACCACCGCUGGAACCGCUGGCGCGCCUACUGGUGCAAUGAGUGGGACCGUCACUGCGACUGCCCGUGGACCUGGGACGACCGCGACCGCGACCGCGACCGCGACCGCGACAGGGACAGGGACAGGGACCACGACAGGGACCACGAUCACCGUCGCGACGUCGAGAGCCUCGCCGCCAGGGACUUCUACGGCGACGGCUCGCACCACGACCGCGACCACCACGACCACGACCACCACGACCACGACCACCACGACCACGACCACCACGACCACGACCACGACCGCUGGGACCACAAGCGCGAAGUCGGCGACGCGCUCGAGAAGCGUCAGGACUGGGGCGGCAACUCUCUGUGCCGCUGCGACGCCUGGGGACCCUGCUUCUGCCGAUGCCGCAACGGCUACUGCUGGCGCGUUUGGUGGUGGGGCGGAGGACGUGGCAACCGCGGUGACGGCGAUGGCCCUGGACCCGGCGCCGCAGUCGACGACAAGUCCCGAGCGCAGAUGCGGCUGCUCGACGCCGUCGAUCCUUCGUUGAUUCCUGAUCCAUCGUGA